GCCGCGCCUGCGCACUCAGCCCGUUGCCGCGCCGACCCCGCGGACGGGCUGCCCGCUUCCUCCGCGAGCCUCUGGCUUUGAGAUGCGCCGCUGCCGGGCCCUUGCCAGCUCCAGAUGUUUGUGGAGCUUAAGAACACUAUGGAGCUCGUCAGAGUAUGCUACUGAAGAAUAUGAUGGCUGAAAACAACUUAAAAAUGCUGAAGAUUCAACAACGUGUAGCAAACAAACUACCUAGGAACAGGCCAUAUAUUUGCAAUAUUUGCCUCAAGCACUUUGAAACACCAUCAAAAUUAGCUAGACAUUAUCUCAUUCAUACUGGUCAAAAGCCAUUUGAAUGUGAUGUAUGUCAUAAAAACUUUAGACAGCUAGUUCAUCUGGAGAGGCACCAGUUAACUCACAAUCUGCCUUUUAGUUGUAAUAUUUGCCAACGCCACUUUAAACAUCUGAAGACAUUUGUGAAGCAUCAGCAGUUGCACAAUGAAUCCUAUCACAAUGAUGUUAAAGUCAGAAGAUUGCUUGAGACUAAGCAAGAGAAGCCCGUGUAUGGUGUAUAUAAUACCUUUACUGCAGAGGAAAGACGGGCACUACACGCAUGCUCUAAGUCUGAUCCCACGUACAGCACUACAAAGAGAAGAAAGCAUAUUCAUGCGUGUACAAUCUGUGGCAAAAUGUUUCCAUCACAGUCAAAACUUGAUAGGCAUGCUCUUAUUCAUACUGGGCAGAGGCCUUUUAAAUGUGUCCUGUGCAGUAAAUCUUUCCGACAGUCAACUCACUUAAAAAUCCACCAACUCACACAUUCAGAAGAAAGACCUUUUCAAUGUUGUUUUUGUCAGAAAGGAUUUAAGAUUCAAAGCAAACUUCUGAAGCAUAAACAAAUCCACACUAGGAAUAAGACUUUUCAGAAUCUUUCUUUAAAAGUAAAGAGUCCUGAAUCAUGUCCACUACCCAAUAAAUUAAAUGCAAAGCAGGAUGCUUUUGAAAAUGGUGAUAUGGGUGAAUCUGAGGAGAAUAAUCCUCUUGAUGUCCACUCUAUUUAUAUCGUCCCUUUUCAGUGUUCCAAGUGUGAAGAAUGUUUUGAGUCAGAGCAGAUUCUCAAUGGACACAAGUGUCUUCCUGCCAGAGGUGGCAGGGCUCCAAGGAGGCUCAAAAGAAGCUGUAACUAUAAGACCAUUGUUAAAAAGCUCUUGGCUAAACUUAAACGUGCUGGGGGUAAAAAAGCAGAUAACCUUCAAUCAGAGAAAAGAACAUAUAAAAGUAACUGCUUGAAAAACUGCGAACGUCCUUCUGGUGAGCAGAACACGGAAGAAACUCAGAGAACAUUUGUGGGUUCCCUUGGCAGACGUGGAUCAUGUAAGGCAGCUAGCAAAAAGAAGAAGAAAACACUAACUUUGCCAUUUUCUUGGCAAAAGCAAUUCCAGAGCCAAAAUAUGGGUAAAGGUUUGCAAGGUAUCUUUACAACAGGAAGCAUAUUAACUAUGGAUGGUUCCGUGAAUAGUAAAGAUUUGUCACUCCGUGGUUCACCAGGUGAGGGAUGUUUUAAUGACUGUGACAUGCUUCAGUGUGGCUUCUCAGACUCAAGUGAAAAUAUCCAUGCUGGACAUAAAAUGUGUCCCUGUGAUAAAUGUGAGAAAGUGUUCCCUUCUAUCUCUAAACUACAAAGACACUAUUUAAUCCAUACUGGACAGAGGCCUUUCGGCUGUAAUGUGUGUGGCAAAUCUUUCAGACAGUCGGCUCACUUAAAAAGACAUAAACUAACUCAUAUUGAAAAGAUUCCCUAUAGUUCUUUUUGGCAAGUGGACUUUGGAAAUGUGAACAAACUUUUCAUUCAUCCAAAUGAAGAUGUUAGCUAUAAUGCUUCCCAACAGUGUGAUGGGCUUAGUUUCCAAAAGUAUGAGGGCUCAGAGUCCAAUCAGGUAUCAGGAAUUGAAGUCAAGGCAGAACCAGAGGAUUUCCUUCUUGGUACCCACUGUAGGAACAGGCAGUCUUACCUGGCUAACACACUUUUGGAGUCAGAGCAGAGCCGUCAUUGUUACAGUUACUUAGGCCGUCCUGAAAGAAGUGACGGGCUCCUUUACCAGUGCAGUGUUUGUUGUAAAAAUUUCCGAUCUCCAUCCAAACUAGAAAGACAUUAUUUAAUUCAUGCAGGGCAGAAACCGUUUGAAUGUUCAGUCUGUGGCAAAACAUUCAGACAAGCACCUCACUGGAAGAGACAUCAGCUCACUCACUUCAAAGAACGGCCACAAGAGAAAGUGGGUGUUCUAGAUCCAGUUGUGUAACACAAAACUACUAAUGCAUUUGUGAUCUCUGAUGAUGUAAUACAUUUUGAGACAUUUUGCCAGAAGCUUGUAUUAGGUAGAAUGACAUCAUAGACAGCUCCUUGUCUUGCAUAAUAAGGAGUAAGUUAAAUAAAAUUACAGUGUUUUAGAAACAGCCCAAUGACUUGAAAAGAAAUAGAAUGGUUUGAUGCUAUAACUAGAUACCUAAGGUUGUAUUAAAAGUUACGAAUCUAUCAUGUUCAAUUUGGCCUUAUUUGUUGAAUUAUUCCUUAAGACAUUGUCUUUAUGUAUAUACAUACCUCCCAAAAUGAGGCCAGAAUUGCCAAUCACCUGGCAUAUUUUAUUUUACAUGAACACUUAGUUCUAUUGCAAAUCAUACUUCUUACACGUUAAAAGAUAAAAUGACAAUGGAUAUGGAAAUGGGUGGGGAAAAUUGCAGCUUUACUUUUGCAUAGUGAGUUUUUGAGACUGUGGUAAUUUUGCCUUCUUAGGACAGAAGUGUCCCCUCCUCAUGUAGGCUGCUGUUGUUUUUCUGUAAGAAAUUUAAAAUUAGGAAGCAAGUGGGUUGCACCCAUGCUUAUUUACCAUCUAAUAUCAUUUACAUUAACAAGAGUAUUUCCCAAGUGCCAUGAGUUUUUCCGAUAUAUCUGCAGUUGUACCUUUCUAGAGACUUAAAUGCAGUGCAUUUGUUUACUCAUUAGUGGUUGACAGCAGUGCCCAGGGCUAAAAGUUCAGGUGCACACCUUUUCAUGGCCCCAUGACUUAAGUAAGUCUAUUCUGCUAAAUUUGAUCAAAUGACAGUAGCUAUGUAGUUUUAGUUUUCGUUCCUCUGUGAAAGACACUAAUACUAUAGUAUUAGUUUGAUCUUUGUUGUUAUUUCAGUCCGUAGGGAUAUUGUCCCUGUAUAGGAAUAAGAUGCUGAUAGAGUUCAGGGCAUCCU